AUGAUUAAAGGAAGUAAGAGAGAUAAAUUCUCGACACCAGAAAUGCAGACGCUUCUAGAAAAGUCUCGUACCUAUUCUACCGGUUCGGAGCUAAUGAGGCUGAAAUGUUCCGAUGAUUGGUGGUCAAAAGUGUUACGAAAGUCAGUAAAUCUAGAGUACGUAGACAUCAACUUCAACAUAACUAGAUGCGACUCGUUUAACAGGGUGUGGAGACAAUAUAAAGUUUCCGAGAAAGGUAAGGAAUUUUUGCGCCGUCCGCGCAACGACCUUGUUCUCGAUUCUGCAGUCGAUCCUUUUAACGAGGAAAAAAAAGAGAAAGCCGCCAAAACUUACUCACACAUGUCCAAUACACCUGAC